AUGGGCUACAACCCAUUUCUCCUAUCGCCUUCUGCGAGCGCGCUGGUACUUACGUCCCUAUCGUCUAUUCCAGCAAUCGCAGCUGUUGUCGAUCAAAUCCGUAAAGGCGCGCCCAAGGAUAACUUCUAUGAAGAUCGCGAUGGAGAGAGUACACCAGAGGCUAUUGCUGCUUUCUCUAAUAAGGCCUCCAAGAUUACCGUACUCGCCUCCGCUUUACUCGGUCUUGUUACUUCUGCUGCAAUCUCAGUCUUGACAACUCUUGAUGCCGAUAGAGGAGAUCAAUUCCUGGAGAAUUGGCUUACCACGGCUGCCUGGGUUCUGAUUGUGACCCAGUCAGUCAGUAUGAGUGCCAUCCAUGAGCCUGUUCGUGUUCACGAUCUCGGGCUCUGGUCAUCUAUGUCCUCCGUCGUGCUCCUCUCCGUCCUUAUUCUCCAGGCUUUUACCGUAUCGGCCGCAGACAAAGCGCACCGCUGUCGGAAUGAUGCGGUCCUCGGACUGCGCCUCACCAACAUUGCCAUGGCGGUUGUCAUCCUGUUUGCAAGUGUCCUCAUCCCUCGCCGCCCCCACGUCUUCUUCCGCGAUGCGCUGGUCGACCCCCAGCGCACGUCCUCUCUCCUCAACCGCUUCACCUGGACUUGGACGGGCCCAAUUCUUGACCUGGCCGCCAAGAAGGGCGAUCUCGAGAGCAAGGACAUCCCGCAGCCUGACCACACCAUUCGAACCGAAAAUGUCAUGGCCGACUGGAAAGCCUACAACUUCAAGGGGAAACUCAUCUGGUCCAUCUUGUACGCCUACAGGUGGCGGUUCGCUACCCAGUGGACUGUCACCGUCUCCAAGUGCAUCCUGGGUGUUGGUCCGUUCUGGGUCAUGCGCAAACUCAUCAAUAUACUCCAGGAGCGCGGUGGGGGAGGUUCGCCUCCCUACACCCUCUGGGUGCUUGUCAUAUCGCUUGGCCUCCUCGGCCUCAUCGAACAGUGGAUGGACGGAUGGAUUCAAUACUACUCUACUGCCAUGAUUGCGCAGCCCCUUAGGGCCCAGCUGUCGGCACUCGUCUAUGAGAAAUCACUUCGGCGCAAAAACGUGAAGUCGGCUGACAAACCAAAGACGACCGAAAAAAUCCCCGGUGGCCAGGCAGGAGAUAGCCAAGAGGCCUCGAACAGCGCGGCACAUGGAGCUGACUCUGGGGAUGGAAGCAACAGAUCAACCGCCAUCAAGGACAAAGCCAACGACGAGAAGGAUGAAUCUGCAUCAGAUGAAGAUUCGAGCGUGCUCAAAUCCCGCCAGGCUAUUGUCAACCUUGUCGGUGUCGACGCAAGGCACGUUGCCAGCUUCGCCGGUAUCCAAUACUACAUCAUCUCUAGUCUUGGAAAACUCCUAAUCCUGUCUGCCUUCCUUAUCCAAAUCCUUGGCUGGAUCCCCUUCGUGACUGGCAUAACAGCCUGGGGACUGUCGCUGCCAUUCAACACCUUUGCUGCCAAGAGCUACCUUAGAUUCAGCGAGGCGGUGAUGAAGGUCCGAGACGAGAAAUUGGCCAUCGUCAACGAGGCCUUGCUGGGAAUCCGCCAGAUCAAGUUUGCGGCCCUAGAGCCGCAAUGGGAGAAGCGAAUCAUGGAAAUGCGCGACAAGGAACUCGAGGUAACAUGGAAGAUGUUCUUGAGUGACACAUGCCUGUUUGGCUGCUGGAUAGCCAGCCCCAUUCUCCUUGCUGCGACGUCCCUCGCCACUUACGCCAUAAUCCACGGUGAACUUUCGCCUUCUACCGCAUUCGUGAGUAUUAGUGUCUUCAAGUCUCUCGAGCUGGCCCUCGGUGCCAUGCCGGAGAUUCUCACCACUGGAUUCGACACCCUCGUAUCGAUCAGGCGAAUCGAUACCUACCUCUCCGGACCGGAGAUGAAACAGGCUGUCUCCGAAGGGAGCGACGUGGCGUUCGAGAACGCAACGAUCGCCUGGCCUGUGGAUGAGGAGGUGGAUGAGGAAGAUCGCUUCACACUGAGCGGCCUCGACCUUUUGUUCCCUCCUGGAGAGCUCUCCGUUGUCUCCGGCAAGACCGGUACCGGGAAGAGCCUGAUACUUUCCGCACUGAUCGGAGAGGCUGAUGUCCUAGGCGGCAGGGUCGUGAUGCCGCUAACGGUACCGCCGCUGGAGCGUCAUGAUGACAAGGCUAAUGCUAGUAACUGGAUCCUUCCCGGCUCAGUUGCCUACGUGGCACAGACCCCUUGGCUCGAGAGCGCUUCGCUGCGAGACAAUAUACUGUUUGGCCUCCCGAUGGACGAAACACGAUAUAACAAGGUCCUUGCCGUCUGCGCCCUUCGUAAGGAUCUCCAGAUCCUCACAGAGGGCGACAAGACGGAACUAGGCGCCAACGGUGUCAACCUCAGCGGCGGACAGAAAUGGCGUAUCACUCUGGCGAGGGCCAUUUACUCCCGUGCUGGGAUCCUCAUCAUGGACGACAUCUUUAGCGCUGUCGACGCGCACGUUGGAAGGCACAUUUUCGAAGAAUGCAUUGGUGGCGACAUCUGCAAGGGCCGAACUCGCAUCCUCGUUACCCACCACGUCGGACUGGUCCAGCCACUCGCCAAGUUCAUCGUCGAGCUUGGGGACGACGGUGUGCUCUACUCAGGCUCAACGGAACAGCUCAUCGAAGACGGUACACUGGAGAAGAUCAAAAGGAUGGAGAGCCCCCUGACCGCGGAACCGAGCCAGGAGAUUGGCGAGUCGUCGAUGGCCGUGAGCUCCGACGGGGCAUCAACGCAAGACAGUGCGAAUGAUGACAAUGCCGUCCCCAAAACCAACGGCUUGGAUGACGCUCAAGGGAAGAAGUAUGUCCAGGAGGAGACUCGCCAGACAGGCAACGUCAAGAGCAGGGUCUACCUUGCCUACCUGAAAGCUUGCGGUGGCUUGUCAUACUGGAUCUUGUGCUUUUCAGUCUAUCUCGCAUUCGAGACCCUCAACCUUGCGCGGGCCUGGUGGGUCAAGGUCUGGACCAGCAGCCACCGCGACAGUUCCAUGGUUGUCAACUCGUACGACGAGCACGACUAUGUCUACGGCCUUUCCCUCCAACAGCCGCGGCAGAGCGCUUUCCAUGCUUUCAGCAGCCCUGUGGUUGCCCAGUCCGACAAUGGAGAUCUCAAGUACUAUCUCGGUAUAUAUGUUGGCCUUUCGGUGAUUGGCGCAAUCGUUGGAACUUCCCGUUUCUUCUGGUCCUUCUACAUCAGCCUCAAGGGGUCGCGUGUCCUAUUUUCCCGCAUCCUGCAUACGGUUCUGAGGACUCGCAUCCGGUGGUUGGACACGGUGCCUGUAGGCCGUAUCCUCAACCGCCUGACAUCAGACUUCGAGAUCAUCGACCAGCGCCUGGCUCUGGAUAUGGGUCUGGUUGCAUGGCAAGCCUUUAGCCUCUCCGCCAUCUGCAUUGCCGGAGCUCUCGUAUCGCCGUACAUCCUGCCGCUAUCGAUCGUCCUCAUCGCCACGUCCAUCUUUAUAGGAAAGAAGUACCUGAACGGAGCGAGACCCCUCAAGCGCCUCGAGAGCACGACCAAGUCUCCCGUGUUCGAGCUCUUCAACGCCACGCUCUCGGGGAUCACGACGCUGCGGGCCUUCCAGAAGCCUGGGACCUACGUCGACACCAUGUACAAGGACCUCGACCUGUUCGGCUCAGUUUCUGUAUACAUGCUGAACGCGAGCCGCUGGCUGGGAUUCCGCAUGGCCAUCAUAGGCACCACAUUCACCACGAUCGUUGGCAUCGUCGUCAUCCUCAGCCAUGGAAUCAACGCUGCCCUAGCGGGGUUCAUACUCUCCUUCUCCCUCGACUUCGCCUUCAGCAUGUCCCUCGCCAUACGCAUCUACUCCAAUCUCGAGCUGGACAUGAACGCUACCGAACGUGUGAUUGAAUAUGCCGAGCUCGAGACCGAGGCGCAGGACGGCGUCGAGCCUCCCGCCGCCUGGCCAACGUCUGGCAGCGUCGAAGUCAAGAACCUCGAGGUCGCCUACGGCGACGGCCUGCCGCUCGUGCUCAAGGGCAUCAGUUUCGAUGUCAAGGACGGCGAGAGGAUUGGCGUCGUUGGUCGUACUGGCGCCGGAAAGUCGUCGCUCACCCUGGCCCUGUUCCGCUUCCUCGAGGCUAGGUCCGGGUCCAUCAUCAUUGACGGACUGGACAUUUCCAAGCUGGACCUCCACGCUCUACGUUCGCGACUCGCCAUCAUCCCUCAGGAUCCAGUCCUCUUCUCAGGUACUAUCCGCAGUAACCUCGACCCUUUUGAGGAGCGCAGCGACAGUGAGCUCCGAGAGGCCCUCGCGCGCGUGCACCUCGUCGACUCGGCCUCGUCGACGCCGACAGUGGUGAGCACGGAGCCCUCCUCGUCAGCCGCCGCAUCGACGACCCUGUUGCCCCAAAACACCAACAUCUUCCGCGACCUUUCAAGCCCCAUCUCCGAGUCCGGGGGUAACCUGUCCCAGGGGCAGCGGCAGCUCCUCUGCCUGGCGCGGGCCAUCGUUUCCCUGCCCAGGGUCAUGGUGCUCGACGAGGCUACGUCGGCCGUCGACAUGUCGACCGACGCGCUCAUCCAGCGCAGCAUCCGCGAGGAGUUUACGGGCAGCACGCUCAUCGUCAUCGCGCACCGUCUCAGCACCAUUGCCGACUUUGACCGCAUCCUUGUGCUCAGCGAGGGUCAGUCGGUCGAGUGUGGAACGCCGCGCGAGCUGUGGGAGAGGGAGGGCAGCAUCUUUAGGGAUAUGUGUGAUAGUAGUGGUGAGAAGGAUAAGUUGAGGGAAAAGAUUUUUUGA